AUGACCUCAUCUGCCGAGUCUUCUCCUAAGAGGACUAAGACAAGUUGGAACCCUUUACCAGACGGAGGUCUAUUAGCAUCUGCCGUAACUCUGUGUAAAGCGACUCUAGGGGCCGGCAGUCUAGCACUACCUGGCUCAAUGAUGUCAACAGGUAUACCUCUCUCUGUGGUACUUCUCAUCGCCUUGGGCAUCAUGUCGAUGAUCUCAAUCAACAUGAUUGUCAGAGCACAGACGCAUUCUAAAAUGGAUACUUUUGAGGAGUUGGUUAGAGGAUACUUCAAUAACCUCACUGGCUAUCUUUUCGAAGUCGCUAUGGUCAUCUUUUGCUUUGGCACUGCAGUGGCGUACCUCAUCACAGUAGCAGAUCUCCUCAUACCAGUAUUCGGUAAAGCCUUCGGACCAGAACAUGCCGAGGCGGCUUAUGCCUAUCCUUUCCUGAAUCGAACGAUCCUCACGAUUAUCGUCGCUGUAAUACUAUUACCUCUAUGUCUUGUCAAUCGUAUUAACAACAUUCGAUGGGUUUCCAUGGCGGGCGUAUUGUCCAUUUUCAUUCUAGCUAUUUGUAUCUUUUACGUUUUCAUUAAACGUGGAGUGUCUGUCGAUCUCACCCCUACUACCACAUGGUUACCUACCCAUGGUUUCGGUCCCGUAAUCGGUGCCAUUUCUGGUUAUAUAUUUGCGUAUGUCUGUCAAGUGAAUGUCCCUCAAAUCUACUCAGAGCUCAUCCCCCGCAAGGAGUCUUCAAUGAGGAUCGUCUCGGCCAUCUCCGUAUCACUAUGCUUCUUCACAUACCUCACUAUUGGUAUUUUUGGUUUCCUAACCUACGGUUUGGCAACUGAAGGUUCUAUCGUCACCAACAUGACACAAGAGUUCAACAACGGUGAUGUCUUUGUCACGAUAGCCUUCAUCUUGAUGGCCUUGGCUGUUCUCGCCGCCUACCCCCUCAAUAUUUUCCCUAUCCGUGCUUCUGUAAAGGCAACGAUCCGAGGCAUCUCAGGUCGCACUACUCCUUUCCAAUGGUGGAUUGGUCCCCUCAUUGUGAUAAUAAGCAUCAUCCUCAGCGUGGUUGUCGCCAUCUACCUCCCAGACGUUCAGACUGUCCUCUACUUUGUUGGUUCCGUCACAGGCUCUUAUAUCGUCUACGUCGUCCCUGGAGGUUUCUGUGUGAGGCUACUGAAAUCACGCUUCUAUGCUGAGCAACUCCACCGAGCCCGCUUAGCCACCGUUGAGGAGUGUCCUUCUGAAGAAGCUAAGGAUGUCGAGAUAGUCAAUGAUAGCACUAAGAUUAAUGAUUCUACUGCUACAGUUGUGAGCAGAUCUAAGUUUGAUUAUUCAGCAGUUACAUCAUGGGGUAUGAUUAUUCUCGGUUUGGUAUUUUUUGUAGUUGGGUCGUAUCAAAGCGUUGUUGAUGUCAUCGAUUUCUAUAGCACUUAAUAGACAAUCAUCAUGAUGUUGAUUAUUGGUAGAGAUGAUGCUAGAACAUGUCCGUCGCGCCUCGAUAGCUGGAAGGGGACAUUUUCUCAAGUUCCCUUUACCCCCUUAUAUCGAUUCAUACUAUGGUAUCCUGUUCGUCAAUCGCGGGCUUGCACUUCUAUCUCA